AUGUUCCAGGUCCAGAGUACCUCUGUUACCAGUAGUGUCCAGACAGACAUUGACUUUAAAGAUGAUCUAAUCCAGAGUGUUGUGACUGCAGAGAGCCAUGUGGCUUCCUUGAAUAUACGCUCCAGUGUUGGAGGUCAGAUCAAAACCAACCAAGAGUUAAAGUACAUCUCAUCAGAUCCCUCUAAGAAGGCCACCCAAGGCACCUCUUUGGAAACCGCUCUUGAUGCUCUCAAUAAAGAAGGGAACUAUGGAAUGUAUGCCAUGCUUCUUGCCACCAGCCCUGAUACUCAGCAGUGUGGAGGGGAUUGUGUCUCAGCCACAGAACUGGUAGAAAAGUACAGAGAAGAAGCUUUAAAGAGUGAAAGUCUAGCCAAGACAUCAUCUGCAGAAGCCUUUCUGAACCUGGUUGACAGCUUCAGAGAUGUGGGUAAAAAUGUCCUGCUGGAUAUCCUCAAGAGUGAAGACAAUGCAGAUGUCCUACCUCAACUCAUUGAUGCUGCUGUGGCAACCCAGACCCCAGCCAGCCAAGAGGCUCUGAUGGAGCUGAUCAAUUUUGAGGAUGAUUAUUACACACAAAAUUCUGAGAGAUACUUAUUUACUGUCUCCUUCUCCACCCACCCUAGUGAACAACUGCUCAAAGAUUUAUUAGAAUUGUACAAAAAAGAUGUACCAAGUGAAACAGUUCGGGAAUCUAUAGGUCUUGCCAUGGGAGCAGUUCUGAACACUUACUGCAGACAGACAGGGCAGUGGGGUUCACAGAUUUCAAAGGCCAUAGAGGAAGCCAUCACAACCAAACUGGCUGCCUGUGAGGAUGAGGCUUGCAAGCUACGACAUCUUCGAGCACUGAUGAAUGCCCGUCUUCCAACCACAGUGCCAAUUCUGACCAAGUACGCUGAGGAAGCCAAGGAGACCAUAGUGGCCAUGGCAGCUCUGAAAGCAUUAGGCAAAAUUGAUAUGCAAUAUAUUACAAAAGAGGUUCAAGCCGUGCUUGCUCGUAUCUACCAUCAAAACAAUCGCGUAUAUGACACCACCAUAAGAUCUGCAGCAGUGGUCAUCUUGCUUAAAAGCCAUCCGUCCCCAGCACAGCUGAAAGUGAUUCUGCUCUCCCUGACUGACCAGUCCCAAUAUGAGAUGUCCACCUAUGUUCUGGCUAAACUGAGAGAUCUCACGAAGAACUGUCCAGAAUUCAGAUCAUUAGUUCAAGAUGUACUGAGGGAUGUCAGGAUCAACAACUACCAAGUGGUAGCUCAGAAAGGAUUGUCAAGUGCCUUCAGUAACUUCCUUGCAGAGGAACUCCUAGCUAUACGGAAUGCCAAUCGUGCCUCAAAAUCCACUGUAACGGGACUAAACACGGAGCCUUCCAUACAGCGCAUUGUUUCCACUCAGAAUGACAGCAGUCAUGACACUAAGACAAGAAGGAAGAGGG